GUUAUGCAAACAUGAAGUUCUGUGUUCAAAUGCAGCAGCAGCAGCAGCUAUACAUCAUGAAGCAGUUUCUCUGCGCAGUUUUCCUCUUCGGUCUCAAUGUUGGAGGCCAGUGCUUUGGUUGCUCUGUGAAGGAUAUCUCAAUUGAACAAUCUCAGACGGGAAAGUCGAUCCAAAACAAGCCAGAAUGGAAUGUGACGAUCGCGAAUGGUUGCUCAUGUUCUCAACUGAAUGUUAAACUAGGCUGCGAUGGAUUUCAAACUGUUGAAGACAUUGAUCCUUCCAUUUUAAGUGUAUCUGGUGGUGAGUGUCUGGUCAAGAAUGGUCAACCUGUCUAUGCCAAUGGAGGUUUCAACUUCAUCUAUGCUUGGGACACUUCAUUUUCUUUCAAUCCAAUCUCCUCCCAAAUUGCUUGCUCCUGAAUCUAAUUGUUCUUAAUGUAGUACUUUCGCAUUUUGAUGUACGAUUUAGGUUUAAGUGACUUUGU